AUGUAAUUGUAUGAAGACAGCAUGACAUAUGGCAAGCAGCCAGCAAUUUCUAUGUGUUAUCCAUAUAUUGUAUCUAUAUAUACGUCCGGAGCUGAGAAGUUGAAGUAACUAUCUUCUAUCUACCCCAGCAAAUUAUUUUAUUCACCGGAAAAAAUGGUGCUGUCCGACGGCCGGCAGGUGUACCAGAACGUGGUUGUAAUGAGGCACGGCCCCCGCCUCGAUAACUUCGACAAGCUCUGGGCUGCCACGGCGGACCGGCCCUGGGACCCGCCGCUUUACAGCCCAGGCAAGAGCCUGGCUUUCGACGCCGGGAAGAAGAUCCGGGAAGAGCUCGGAGCUCCGAUCCACAGGAUCUUCGUCUCCCCUUUCCUCCGGUGCCUUCAGACUGCGUCUGAGACUAUCAGAGCCCUCUCCGAUGACUCCGAUACCGCCGUCAAUCCUCCCAAAAUCAAGGUUUCUGUUGAGUUUGGAUUGUCAGAGAUGUUGAACACAAUUGCCAUAAGACCUAAAGUGGCUCCCAAAGAUGGAGACUUCAAAUUUGUCAUUUCACAGUGUGAAACUCACUUACCACCUGGAACCAUUGACCACACUGCAGAACAAGUCUACAAAAAGCUGCCGGAGUGGCAAGAAACACAACCAGACGCAAGGGCUAGGUACAUUGAAGUCCUUAGAGCUCUUGCUGAUAAAUACCCUUCUGAGAAUUUGCUGCUCAUCACACACGGUGAGGGAGUGCUGUCUGUGGGUUCUGCAUUCAUGGAGGGUGAUAUUAAAUGGGUUGAAUACUGUGGAUAUUCACACUUGAAGAGAGCUAUCCCGGCGGCCGGCGAGAGCUGCGAGUCCUUUGCCGAUGAAGAGUUCAGGCUGCAGAGUGAAUCUGGGUUUACAUUCCAUGACUCGUCUGCUAAGCCCGUCGUAGUAUAAUUAAGUGUAUAAGUAAUCAUUAUUGUUGAAGCAGCUUUAUGUUUUGCGUUCUUGAAGUCCCAUUAUUGAUCUGUAAUCAGUUGUCCGGCCGGCGGCCGUAUCGUAUGUUUAAGUCCAGUUUCCAUCCGGUGUUUAAUC